AUCUUCUAAUAUUUAUCUAAUGGAGAAGCUUAGAAAGUUGACGAACUUUCAUGGCAAAGGAAUUCUGGAAAAAGCCAGGCUCUAUUUCACAAGAAAGGCUCUACCAUCUUUGGAAGAAAGGAAGAAAUAUGACGAUGAGUUUGCAACUUCAACGUCCUUCCAUGGGGUGCACAAUCUUAUUCAUACCAAGAGCAAGACACGCAAGAUCUUAUGGAUGGUAGUAGUCUUGGGCUCCAUUAUCCUAGUUGCCUGGCAGGUUUAUUGUCGUUUCAUCUAUUAUUUCAGCUGGCCCACCACAACCUCAGUGGUAGUUCAAUAUGUGGAGAGGAUUGAAUUUCCUGCUGUAACAUUUUGUAAUCUGAACAGGUUCCAAACUCAAGCUGUAGCUAAUCUGAGCAUCGUUUUCUUCUUAUGGAGCAUAGUGUCAGGAGUUCUUCGUAUGUUCAGCACUGAUGAUAAGUUUAGUCAAGAACUGCAAGAUUUUUUUCAAGGGAAUCAAAAUUUCAGCAUCAAAGAAUUUACAAGAGAUAAUGGUUUCUAUCUCAACAGUAGUACCUUGCUGAGCUGUGAAUUUUUUGGGAAAAAAUGCCAUCCAAAGGACUUUGCACAUGUCUUUACUGAAUAUGGGAACUGCUUUACUUUUAAUCAUAUUAACCUUCCUACAAGAAGAAGAGUUAGCCUUUCUGGAAGAGGCCUCAGUUUGGUUUUUGAUGUCAAACAGGGUCAGUUCACUGAUGAUCCCAAUCUUGGUUUUGUUGAUGCUGGCAUAACCUUUGCUAUCCAUUCACCUAAAGAACCGCCCCGAUUUGAUGGUUUAGGUGUCUUUACACCAGUGGGAAUGCAUGCCCAUGCUGCAAUCCAACAGGUAAAAACAAUUAUCCAAGAAUACCCUUGGGGAGAAUGCAACCCAAACAUUAAGCUUCAGCAUCAUCAAAUCUACAGUACAUAUGGAUGUCUACAAGAAUGCAAGGGCCACCUUAUACAAAAGUACUGUGGAUGUUUACCUUUUAUGCUGCCAGGAAACGGCACAGAAUGUGACUUGGAGAAAUUUUACAGCUGUGUUUCUCCUGCUUUGU